CUCCGUGUGCGCAUGCGCGGACGCAUCACUCAGCCAUUUUUUUUGUUGGAGCAGCUUCCAAGCUGCCGCCGCUGUUGCUGCUGCUGCUGCUGCCGCCGCCGCUACUGCUGCUGCUACUAUUUCUGCUGCUCACACCUUCACGUUCAGCAGCCGUAGCUGAAGCAGUUGUGUGUGUGUGUGUGGAGGUGUGUGUGUGUGUGUGGGGUGGGGGGGGGAAGGGGUAAGCGAGGAAAUUAAAGCAAAAGAGGCGUUAAUUAGCGGGCGGGAGCGAGCGAGCGGUGGCUUCACUCCAGUUAGUCGCUACCACCAUCAUCAUCAUCAGCUUCAUCUUCUUAUUCUAGCCAAGCAACAUCGCCACCGUCGCCUCAACUCACUUCUCCAUCCCUCGGCUCGCCGGCCUCACCACCGCCAGGGUCAUCGUCAAUUGGACUCUUUUGGUUUUAAUUGCUUUCUUUAUUACUUACGCAAGCGGCUGUCCAGGAGUCGCGAUCUAUUUUUAUGUGAUUAGUUAUUAGCUUCGGGUGUCUCUUUUUUUUUUUAAAACAAAACUCGGCGGCGAGACCCAGCCGCCCACUUUUACCAAUCACUUUCCUCUGAUUUACAUCUUGCUGCUUGCUUGGGCUACAACCGCUGCUCCGACAGCAAACUUCCUGUUGCUACAGCAAACGCAACGUGUUCCCCAAAAAAGAAAAACCUCAACAUCAACAACAACAACAACGUCGUCGUCGCCAACAACAACAUCAACAUCGCAUCACAAAGAAGCGAGCGAGUAGAAGAAGCUGCAACAUCGCCGUCCGUCAUCGCAGUCGCCCUCCACCUCGGGCUUUUUAACAACAAAAAAUUCUACGACCAAUUCUCGUCGGACACUUGGAUAGGAGAGAGCGGAAAAAUAUAGAACAACAAGAGGAAGGUUGGGGAAGACGAGGAGGGAAGACGACGACGAGGAGGAGGUGGUGGCGGCGGCUGCUUGUAGAUGAAUGUCAGCUCUUGUUAACCUGAAGAGGUCCGAGGACGUUACCGGCUGGGUGUCAAAUCGUCUGGCGAUCGUAGACCCACCUCGUCGUUAUCGUCUUGGUGAGCGUCUCGUCGUCGUCAUCAGCUGCAGCAGCAACAACAACAUCAGCAACAACAACAACAUCAGCAGCAGCAUCGUCGCCGACUACGACCGCGUUCAUGUGCGGCCUCGGCGCUUUUGAGUGGAGCGCCUACGGAUCUACUGAGAGCCUCUCCGAGUCUCAAGACUCCUUUUCCGGAGGGCCCUGCCGCCUCGGGAUGCUUGGCGUGGUUCCGUGAAUGAGCGUUUGGCUUCAUGAGGACGGGGAGGAGAGCGGAGGAGCCGGAGAAACCUCCCACCAAGCUUGCGAGGAGCUUUCCUCCCGGGUCGCCCGUGCCAAAGAGAGAAAGAACGCUUUCAGUCGGCUCUCCUACGUCCUCUGGGCACUUUCUGAAAUGAGAAUCCUCUUUGCCGGUCUCCAUGGAUGCCCACGAUUCGCCCAGCAGCGGAGAGGGCGGCCGUAGGAAGCCAAUCGCGGAACUCCCUCGCGGUCACAUGACCUCGGACGACGACGACGAUGAUGCCAUCGCCAUGGAGGGCGGUGACGCCGCCGCCCCGGUCGCUCCGGUGGUGAUGUCAUCCGAAGAGGAAGAAGAAGAGGAGGAAGAGGAGGAGGAGGAGGAAGACGACGAAGACGACGACGACGAAAAUGGAAAUGGCGACGGGGACAAACCGGCAACCGACGCUCGAAAUCCGGAACGCCCGGAAACUCCGAAAUCCGUAUCCGGCGAUCACCGGGAAGCGGCUUGCGCCGCCCCCUCGGACGCCGCCCGCCGCGCCCACUCGCCGAGGGAAACGAGGAGCGGCGGCUCGGACGCCGACAGCGCCCCGGACGAGACGGGCGCCUCCGGCCCCGCGGACUCCUUCGUAAAAGACCGACGCUCGGAACGUCCCAGAGAGAACGCCGCGUCGUCCUCGUCGUCCUCGUCCUCCUCGUCGUCGUCGGCCGCUUCCGUCGCGGCGCUGGCAUCGGACGAUCCUGCCGGGGCGACGGCGGGGGCGGCGGCGGCGGCGGCGGCGGCGCCGAACUCGGACGCCGAACCGUACACGCAGGUGCUGGACUCUUCGCAGUUCGCGUCGCUGCUGCGCGCGUGGCAGGGCCAGAGCUGGGCCUACCGGGGCAGCCCCCUGGCGCAGCUGCUGAGCCCUGUGUGCAACGCGUACGAGCUCUACAGCGUGCGGCCGGUGCGCGCCGACGGCGGCGUCGGCGCCGCCGAGCCGCUGGACCUGUCGGAGUUUGACGACGUGGGAGUGGCGGACGUGAAGAGCCGCCCCGUGCUCAUGUGCUUCCCGUGCGAGCUCACGUUCGGGCACACGCGCUCCUUCGUGUCGCACGCCGCCCACGACCACGCCGUGGCGCUCAACGCCGAGGAGCGCCGGCUGCUGACCGACAAGCGCACGUCCGCCAUCGUGCAGAUGCGCGACGACGGCGGCGGCGGCGGCGGCGGCGGGGAGGGGCGGCACCAGCAGAGGCCGCUCGUCAGCUUCCUGCGGCCCCGGCGGAGGGCGGCGGCCAAGGAAGGCUGCGACGUCGCGGGCCGGGAGGUGCCGUCGCCGGCGUCCGAGUCGGCGUCGGCGGCGCCGGCACCGGCCGCGUCGGAGGACGGCCGGCUUUCCCCGGACGCCGGUUCCCGCUUGUCGGAGCCGGUGCCCCGGCUGGGCGCCGCGUAUGGGGGCGACUCGACGGACCAGUCGGAUGCGGAGCUGAGCGAGCCGGAUGUGGAGCUCGUGGAGCCGGACGAUCACCAAAGAGGCGGCGGCGCUGCCGCCGGCACCGCGACGCGGUGCCGCCGGGACGCCGAGCCGGGGCGGGCCACGGCGGAGCGAGCCGACUCGCCCGACUCCACGAGCGUGAGCAGCGUGGGGAGCGCCGGAUCGGCCGCGGAGAUGGAGCCGGGCGACGAGGCAGCUUCCAAAGCCGGCGCCGGCGAGGCUGAUGCAGCGGCGGGAGGGGGAAGUAACGAUCUGGCGGUGGCGACGGCGGCAUCGGCGGGUUUCCCCUUACGCGAAGCGGCGUGCGACUAUUCCAAAGAUGACGACGAGAAGGAUGACGAGGAGGAGGACGAGGAGGAGGAGGAGGAGGAGAAUGCGGCGGUGAAUUCGGGCGUUGCGCCCCCAGUGCCGGACAUCGGCGAGGGAGCCGGCGGGUCGCGCGCCUGCGCCGAUGAACCGGGCGCGAAGGAGAGCGCCGACCGCUCGGGGUUCGGCUCUCACGGUGCGGCGCGGCCACCGAAGGCCGGCAGGUCGCCGGCGGCAGGCGGCGUCGGCGCCGGCGCUGCUGCUGGUGGUGUCGGUGGUGGUGUUACCGUGGCUGCUGGUGGCUGCGGCGUCGCCGGCGGCGGGCGCUACUCCUGCAAGGUUUGCUCGUUCUCAGCCGCGUCCAAAGAGGCGCUCAUCGCCCACAUGCAGUCGGACGAGCACCUGCUGAGCCUGCGCCAGCAGCAGGCGGCACAGCCGAGGGGCGGCGGCGCCAACGAGGAGGGGGAGGAGCGGGGUGCCGGCGCCGCCGAACCGGGGAACGUCGCACGGCCAAACGCCAGGACAGACUCUCCCAGUCCCGUCGACGGCACCGCCCACCAAAGCCUGCUGCUGAAGCUGCAGCAGUUGGACGUGCCCAGCCUGGUCAAGCUGGCACCGCAGCUGGUGCCGCUCCUGCCCAACGGACUGGUGAAGCGGGACUGCGUCGCUCGCCCGACAGACGAUUCUCAGCAGCGUGCGGACGUCACGCCAUGCGCCCUGUCUGGCCAGCUGCACCAUGCCGACGUGAGGAGUCUGCCGGACAGCGGGGCCAGUGACCUCGCGUCCCAGCGGCAGCACCAGCAGCUAAGCCGAGCCAAGCGCUUGCUGGAGGGAGGCAGGGGCAGCCCUCCGUCGGACGCGGCGCUACCCACCAAGAGGCCGAGGGCGUCGCAGAACGGCGAGGGGAGGCUCGUGCAGGUUGACGGCGACAGCAAGGAGGCUCCGGUGACUGUAGCGGCGGUGGCGGUAGUGGCCGGGCCCGUGGAAGCGAGGUCGCUGAGAUGUCCCCUGUGCCAGGACUCGCUGGGCAGCGAGAGCCGCCUGGAGGCCCACCUGUCGCGCAAGCACAGCGUCGCGCGCGGCUGCAUCGCCGGCAUCAUCGCCGCGCUGUCUAUGGCUGAGACGUCCUCAACAGACUCCACUCCCACAAAUCCGUGCGAGACGCGUGUGGCCGACGGCAAGACACCAUCCUGUCGUGACUCUGAGCAAAGCUGCACGACGGCGCCGGAGCCCGUCCAGACCCUCGGCGAUCGUCUAAGCGGCGACGCUGGCUCCGGCGGCAGCUCCCAGCCGCGGGCGCCGUGCGCCGGCGAGAGGCACGGCCCCUCCCUCUCCCCGUCUCCAUCUCCUUCCCCGCCGCCACCGUCGGAACUCGGCGACCUCGGCGGCGGCGGCGGCGGCGGCAGCGUCGGCAUCGUCGUCAGCGGCGGCGCCGUCGACAAACGCGACAAGAUCCUGUGCACGUUGUGCGCGCAAGGCACCUUUCGCACGUUCGCUUCGCUGCGCUCGCACCUGCAGGCGUGCCACCCGGAGGUGUACCGGCAGGCGCAGGCGAGCGACGCGGGGUUGCCGUGCCGCGUGGUGCGCGCCGGCGCCGCCGGCGCCGCCGAGAACGGCGUGGAGCGGCGGCGCAGCCCCGGGGAGGUGCACAAGAGCUCGCAGGUGCUGCUCAUGAAGUUCCUGGACCCGGCGCGGCCGUUCAAGUGCAACGUGUGCGUCGAGUCGUUCACGCAGCAGAGCAUCCUCGACUGCCACCUCAACUCGGUGUCGCACCUGCACAAGGUGAAGAAGGCGGCGGCCGAGUCGGCCGGCGACGGCGCGCAAGGUGAUGCGGCAGUGGCACCGGCGGUGCCGCCGCCGCCCCUGGCCGCCGCCGCCACCGUGAAGCAGGAGGGGCGGCACUCGGCCAGGGAAGGCGGCGGCCGCUUGCCGGGGUACGGCGACGAUCACGACGUCGUGGAGGUGAUGGACCUGUCGCUCAAGUCGAGGAAGCCUCGCGAGUCAGACGCCAAGAGGAAAACGGAGCGCCUGAGUCAGCAGCUUCAGUACCACCACUACCAACAGCAGCUGCAGCACCAGCAACAACAGCAGCAGCAACAUCAACAGCAGCAGCAGCAACAACAACAACAGCAGCAACAACAACAACAACAGCAGCAGCAGCAACAACAACAGCAGCAGCAGCAGCAGCAACAACAACAGCAGCAGCAACAGCAGCAGCAGCAGCACCAGUCGACGUCGCAGGAAUUCUCGCAGGGCCGCUCAUCUAAGGCGUCGCGUGGGGGCGACUCGCACGCCCGCCAGGACGCGUGGCCCGAGCCGUCGAGCUCGCGGCUCAAAGCCGAGGCCGAGGCUCACGCCCACGCCCAGGCCGAGGCGGAGGCCCAGGCGCAGGCCUGGCUGCAGGCCCAGGUGCAGACGCAGCAGGAGCUGCAGCAGGCGGCCAUGCUGCAGCAGCAGCUGCUGCAGCAGGCAUACUUCUCGCACCUGCUGCUGUCGCCCGAGGCGCUCGUGCAGUACCAGCAGCAGCAGCAGCUCUUGCUGCAGUACUACUACCCGGGGCUCGAGUUCCAGUUCAGCCCGACGAUGGCGAGCGGAAGCGGCGGCGGCGGCGGCAACGGCGCGGCGCAGGCGUCCGCGCUGUCCCCGUCCACCGGCCGUGCGGAGGCACCGUCGCAAAAGCAACCGUCGGUCGGACAAGCGGCCGAACACAGCCACAAAGCGGUAGUUGCAGCGGCGGCGACAGAAAAAUACAAGCUGGUGCCGGAUACGACGAGCGACCCCGGCACGGACGAGGCGUCGAGGAGGACCGGCGCCGCCGCCACUGCCUCCGGCGUGGUGCCCGAACCCACGGACGCGGGCAAAGCAUUGGACGAGGCUGGCGCCACGUGGAAGAGCGGCGCUGGCGGAGAGGACGGCCUGCUGCCGGCACGCGUCCCCUUCGGCUACACGGGCAACGCUUCGAAGGCGCUGCUCGCGAACGUCGGCUUCGAGCUGGUGGUGCAGUUCAUCGAGGGGCGCAAGCGGCCGCCGCGGCACGGCGACGUCCGGGAGCGCAGCAUCGGCGACAAGCUGGAGUGCGGCACGUGCCGGCGCCUCUUCUCCAACGCGCUCAUCCUGAAAUGCCACCAGGAGCACGCGCACAAGCAGAUCCUGCCCUUCGACGAGCUCGCCAAGUACGCCAAGCGCUACCGCGAGGUCUACGACCGCAUCUACCCGCUCGAGGAGGUGGCGGUGAGCACCGUUGAGCAGCGAGCGCCCGAGCCGCCGCCGCCGCCGCCGCCGCCGCCAGCGGCGACGGCGGCCGCGGCGUCGUCAUCGCAGGCGGCGCCGGCCGCGUCGGCGAGCGGCGGGCAGCAGGGCGAGGCCAAGCAGGGCCGCGCGGCCGAGUCCACCGCUGCGAACGCUGCGGUUCCAGUGACGACAUCGGCGCCGUCUUCCACGAUGGUGUCGUCGACCACCAAGGCUGUGCAACAGCAGCAGCAGCAUCAUCAUCAUCAGCAGCAGCAGCAGCAGGCAGCGCAACAGGCAGCGCAGCAGGCAGCGCAGCAGGCAGCGCAGCAGGCAGCGCAGCAGGCAGCGCAGCAGCAGCAUGAGUCUGUGGCGGGCAUGGACAUGGCGGCGUUCGCUCACCUGAUGCUGCAGGUGCCGUUCGCAACACUUCCCCAGCAGCUUUUGCAGCAGUUCUCGCUCGUUCCAGAACCGCUCGCACCCCUCGAUCUCACGAAGCUCCAAAAACAACAGCAGCAGCAGCAGCAACAGCAGCAGCAGCAGCAACAGCAGCAGCAGCAGCAACAGCAACAACAUCACCAGCACCACCAACACCACCACCAGCACCAGCAGCAGCAGCAUCGUCACGCCGAUCCCAUUGGGCCGGCGCGCUUGGAGGGAAAGCGUUCUGGGAGCUCCGCUCAAGAAAGCAGGACGAAGGUGAGGUCGGGCGACAGGGACGCGGUGGCGGACUCGCACGCGCGAGAGGUGAAGAAACUCGAACACUCGAACAGAAGCGAGCAUCUCUCAAAAUCCACACCACAGCACCAGCAGCAGCAACAGCAGCAACAGCAGCAGCAGCAACAGCAGCAGCCAGCGACAGAGAGGAGAAGUCAGAAGGCGGAUAAGACAGGCGGCACACCGCGAGCGGAGAGUGGCGGCGGGGGGGGCGUCACCAACUCGAGGGGCCGGGAGACGGCCCGGGCGGAGCCGCCGGGCGUCACGGUGUGCAAGAGCGAGGCCCACCUCGACGACAGCGCCCUCGAGUCGUCGGGCUCGUCCAAGUCGGAGGAGCCGGCGCCGUACAAGCGCUCGAAGCGCACCACUUUCAAGGACUACCAGGUGCGCGCCAUGCGCGAGUCUUUUCAGCUCAACGCCUACCCGAAGGAGGACGAGAUCAAGCGGCUGUCCGGCCUGCUGGGCCUUCCGGCGUGCACCAUCGUGCUGUGGUUCCAGAACGCGCGGCAGCGCUACCGCAAGCAGCGCGAGCUCGGCAAGGACUCGGACUGGCGCGACUCCGGCUCGGGCGACCGCGGCUGGGCCCGGCUCGACUCGGUGAAGGCCGAGUCGCCCGCGGCGUCGGCGUCGUCGUCGUCGACCGCGACGACGGUGUCGUCGGCGGCGGCGCUGGCCGCGGUGGCGGCGGUGGACAUCUCGGCGGCGGCGGCCGCGGCCGCCGCCGCGGUCGCCGCCGCGGAGUCGGAGCACCUGGCGUCGGCCGAGGCGCUGGACCAGAAGUCGAAGCAGCUGAACCGGACACGCUUCUCGGACGAGCAGCUGCGCGUGCUCAUGCACUGCUUCAACGCCAAUCCCUACCCCAAGGACAAGGAACUGCAGCAGCUGUCGACGUACCUCAACCACCCGCGCGUCGCCCUCAAGUACUGGUUCCAGCACAUGCGACAGAAGGCGCGGCGCCACUCGGACGGGCAGCCCGGAAGCGCCGGCCAGGGUUCGCCGCCGCCGCCGGGGCUGCAGCCGCUGCCGCCGCCUCCUCUGCCGCUUUCGCCGUUGCCGCUGUCGCAGACGGCGGGAGCCACGCAGAGGCACGGCUCGGGCGCCGACGCGGCGAAGGACAGGGGCGGCGAGCAGGCGGCGGCGGCGGCGGCGGCGGCGACGCACAGGAAGGGCUCCCUGAAGUGCGAGGAGAGGGCGGACGUUGCCGGCGAGCGGCUGAUGCAGAUCCUGAGCGCGCAGAACGCAUCGGCGCUCGGGCCCAUGCUGCUGCCGUCCGUCCAGGCGCCGGCGGCCGCGGCGGCGGCGGCGGCAGCGGCCGCGGCGGGGAUGGGGGCGGCGUGCGUGCCGUCGUCGAAGAGAGACGGUGCCAAGGAGGUGGUGAUGAAGACCAAGAUCAAGACGGAGCGCGUGGAGGAGGCGGCGGCCGAAGGCAGCGAUCGCAGGCCCGAGCCGAGGACCGACAAGAGGCCGAAGUCGGAGGCCCCCGGAGCGGUGUCCGCGGCGGCGCUCGCGGCGGCCACCGCCGGCGCUUACCAGUGCGACUCGUGCAAGCUGAGCUUUGUCAACUUCGAGCGCUGGCAGGAGCACCAGCGCUGCCACCUGCUCAAGCUGCAGAGCCUGGCGUCGGAGGGAAAGCAGCUGGCGCGGAGCGACAAGCACCCGGUGAGGGCGGCGGCGCAGCCGGCGGCGGCGGCGGCGGCGGCGGCCGCGCAAGCCCCGCCCGACGGCGUGGACCUGACAGCGAAGGCUGCCGGCUCGGACGAGGUGGAGCGGGUGAAGUUCCCCAACACGUCGCUGUCGCUUGAGGAACUCAAGACGCUCUACCAGAAGUAUUCCCUGGACGCCGUGCAGCCGGGACAGGCGUCGGAGGACGAGUCGGCCAAGAGGCACGCGCUCCUGCAGGCCUGGUUCCAGAGCGUGCGCGGCGAGCCCAAGGCGGCGCCGCCGCCGCAGUCCUCCACCGCCGCCCACGCCCAGCCGUCGGCGCCUCACGGACAGUGGCGGCCCCUCCUGAAGCGCCGUUGCCCCUUUUGCCACAUCCUGUUCAAGGACCAGGCCCUGCUGGACGAUCACGUGCAGACGCAGCACGGCGCCGAGUCGACCACGGCGGCGGCGGCGGCGGCGCCGGCACCCGACAACGGCGGCCUGGCCUCCCCGCCCGACGAGACGGCGGCCGCGGCGGCGACGGCGGUCGCGGUGUCGAAGGCGCCGUCGGGCCACCGCGGCACCUACUCCCCGCCGCCGCAGCUCAGCCCGUCCAUGCUGAAGGUGGAGGGCAUCAUCGCCGACAUCGAGAACCCGGCCGUCCCGGCCGCCGCGUCGGCCACCGGCGGGGAGAGGCAGCCGCCCGCGUCUCCUCCCGUCGCUCCCCCGCCUCGCGCGGCCGCGGAGGCGGCUGCCGCGGCGGCGGCGGCGGCGCUGGCGGCCCUCCCGUCGGUGUCGGCGUCGGAAGCGAAGCACGGCGGGGUGGCGCGCGUCGAGGAGUCGUCGGAGGGCGCGUCCGAGGACCCCUGCUCGCUGAGCCCCGUGUCGGGCGGCGGCGGCGACUGGGGCUCGGGCGACCACCCGAGCGGGCGGCGGCGGCGCACGCACAUCAGCAGCAUGCAGCUGGCGGUGAUGCGCGCCUGCUACGGCGAGUGGCGCACCCCCUCGGUGCACGAGUGCAGCUCGCUGGGCAAGGAGAUCGGCUUGGAGAAGCGCGUCGUGCAGAUCUGGUUCCAGAAUGCGCGUGCCAAGGAGAAGAAGGCCCAGCGCAACGUGCCGGAUUCCGCCUCGCCGGCGGCCGGCGGCGGCGGCGGCGGCGGCUCCGGCGGCGCGACUACGCCGACCGGCGCCACCUCGCCCGUCGUGGGCUCGCUGGGGUCGGACAGCGGGCCCAAGACGGCGUGCGGCCUGUGCUGCGUGCGCUACAGCGCCAAGCUGUCGGUGCAGGAGCACGUGUUCUCGCUGCAGCACAUCGCGCGCCUCCGCGAGGGCUUCCGACAGCAGAUGGAGGCCGAGAAGGAGACGCGCGAGAAGGCCAAGAGGCUGUGCCUGCCGACCGCCAGCCCGCACCUGCCCGAGAUCCGGCCCAAGCAGGCGCAGGCCGAUGGCGGCGGCGGCGGUGGCGGCGGCGGCGGCGGGGAGACGGAGGUGGCGGUGAAUGCCGGCGUCCUCCCCUUUGCCGUGAGCGGGCAGGAGAUGGCAGCGUCCGCCGUCCCGGCAAAGUCAUCGCCGGCGUCCGAGUCGGCGCCCAAGACCGCGAGCCUCCCCAAGCUCGUCCGCUCGGCCACCACCUCUCCCAAGGCGCCGGCGCCCGGCGGCACCGCCGCCACCGCCGUCACCUCGUCGUCCACGUCCUCGUCCUCCUCGCCGUGGCUCCGAGUCGGCGCCGCGCCGGGUCCCCCGGCCAUCGCUCCGGUCCCCGUGCGCCUCGUCACGCCGGUCCCCGACGCCGCUGCGCCGCCACCCAAGCUCGUGACGCCGACCUUCUCUUCUUCCUCGCCGGCGGCGUUACCGCGGCCAAAGCACGGUUCGUCGUCGUUGACGUCGCCGACGGGCGGCGGCAGCUCGGCGAAGAACGCCGCCGCCGCUUCCCCCUCCCCUUCCUCCAGCCACUUUGCGUCGUCCAAGUCGGCCGCCCUGUCGGCGAAGAUGGCGGCGGCGUCGUCGCUGUCGGAGCUGCCUCCCACGUCGUCGUCGUCGCUGCUGCUUCAACCGCAGCAGCCGCAGCAGCACCACCACCACCAGCAGCAGCAGCAGCACCAGCCCCGAGACCGCAAGGAGAGGUCAGAGAGGAGCUCUGAAUCCAGCAAAAAGGAAAAGGCGGUGGAGAGGGCGGCGGCCGCGGCCGCGGCGGCGCUGGGCUCGUCGCUGGGCGAGGCCGCGGCCGGCGGCAGCAGCGGCGCCGGCCCCGAACCGGCGGACGCCAAUGCGGCGGCGACGGCGGCCGCCCUCCUCGCCGGGCAGUACCUGCCCUACCUGAUGCCGGGCUACGGCGCGUACUACACGUCGCAGCUGCCGCUGGCGUACUUCGGAGGAGGCGGCGGCGGCGGCGGCGGCGGCGGCAACGCGGACGCUCUGCGCUACGGUGCCAACACGAGCGCCGCCCUCAUGCAGUGGCAGCGCCAGUACCAGCAGGCGCUGCAGGAGGUCCUAGGUGGGCAGCAGCUUCAGCAGCAGGAGCAGCAGCAGCAGCUCCAGCAGCAGCAGCAACAACAGCAGCAGCAACAGCAGCAGCCAAGUCCGUCGGAGGGCGGCCGGGAGGGCGGGCGGAGGCAGCGCAACCAUCACGCGCGGCGUGGGGACGAGCGGAUGGAGGCGGCGGAGGGGGAGGCCUCGCGGCCCAGCAAGGUGGCCAAGACGACUGAGAGCAAGACGUCGGACGCUUAGGCGCAACAAUGCGACCCCUCGUCUGCCCCUCCGAAGAGCGUCUGACCCGGUGACCCGGUGAUCCGGUGACCCGGUGACCCGGUGACCCGACCGCAUUUCGUCUCGGCCGCCGAGUUGCUUUGCUCUUCACUCUCCUGUUUUUGUUGUUGUUGGCGCAAGGAACGUCUACGUUCUCGUUAAGAGAACCGAGCGCCGAAUGUAGUCACACUUUUUUUUCUUGCCAAUGAAGGAAGAGGGGAGGGUGGGCGGGCGGGCGGGCGGGCGGGCGGGCAAUCAGCCGAUUGUUCGAUCUUCCUUGGGCCCUGAACUACUGGGCGCGUUUCGGCGAUGGAGAUGAAACGAUUCCCGUCGUUGAUCUUCGUCCGUGUCCCCCUUCCCGCCUUUCGCGAGUCGGAUGUUUGGUCGUGGGCGAGGAGGGAUGGCGGGGUUGGGGGGGAAGUGGGGGGGGGGGUAGGCGCGUCGGGCGUGUGAGUGAAGGAGACACUGCUCGCAAGGGCAUUAAUUCCCUCGCUGGGACGAACAACGGCCCGCGACGGCAAACCUCGACGGGGACGAGCGGACUUUUGAACGGCGCCAAUUCCGCGAGAGGGGAAAAAACAAAAGUGAUGGAACGACGUCGGGGGGGGGGGGCGGCGAGCACGACGUCAGAGCGGAGUCGCCGACGCGUUUAGAACGUACAACGAAAAGCACGCGACGCAAAGAGGGAACGACGAAUCGAUACUAAUAGCGGCAAACGGUAGCGUUUGAGAGCGCGCCGCGAAAUUUUGAACGCCCCUACGGAUAAACGACGACUCGGCGGUUGGUGAAGGUUCCUGCUUGUCGGCGAGGAGUUGCACGCCAAUGGGUUCGUCGGAGCGGAAUGCCAAAGAGCUUCCUUUCUUUGACAGUCGGGCUAUGCCACUUACCUCGGACACGCUUUGCUUGAUCUGCUACCUCACCUUCUUCCCCCCUUGGCGCGUGAGACAAAAAAAAAAGAAACACUUCUCGUGGUCCUCCCUUCUCUCCUUCCCCGACUCUCUGUCUCUCUGUCUCUCUCUGUCCGUCUCUUGGUCUCUCUCCCUCUCUGCGUUCCUCACCUGCUACCAAAAAAAUGAAACGACAAAAAAAAAAGAGAGAGAAAUUACAAUGACGG